AUGACUGUACUUAGGACAAUGACUCUGAGGAAUGGAAAGAGUGUUGCAAAAGAAGGUACAAGUGGUACCGACGAUGCAGAGGCUGUCGUGGAGGAGGCCAUGGAGUCCAUGAGUAUUGCUCAGGGAGAAUCGUCGCAGACGGUACAACCCAGCGGAGAGGUCGACAUGGAAGUUGACGACGAGGCGGAGAACUCAUUGAGACAGGAAUCCCCCUCAGUCGGUCAUACACGAGGUCAGUCUGGCGUUCUGCCCAUAAUCACAGCGGAGUAUUGCCAGGAGCAGGUUAAUAAUCUGGGGCAGCAGUUGGAGAUUCAUACGGCAACAAAGGGACAACUGACGGCAAUGAUGAUGAUGAACGGUGGAGGAACCCCGGAGCAGAGCCAGAGGAUGGGCCAGUUGCAGGAUACGGUCCGCAGCAUCAAGGCGAAAGCCAAAGCGAGGACUGUCCACAGCGCCGCAUCGUCAUCGUCUACACCCAGCUUCCCAAAGUCCUCCUAUGGCGGGAAUGGCACUAUGGACGACAAGCAGAUUGUGCUUCUCAAUGUUAUGCCCAGGUACCAUCGCAAGGUGCCAGAUCAUGAGAUGCCUAAAGUCGACGCUAAGACGUCCGGUCCUAUCCGAACUUCAGUUCGCUGUUUCCUGUAUGAGUUUCAUACCCAAGCGUUGGCGAAUCUAGAUGUCAAAGUGCAGGAUGCAUUAACAGGAGCGAGGAAAAAGGAUACGGGUCCGGCGUGGACGUGGGAUCAGUGCGAGCAGACAUUCGUGGAUUGCGCCAUGACUCUGCAUGAGAAGACGUCUGAGGUGGAGGAGUUCGCCAAGAUGGGCAGAGAGAAGACAGAGUCUUUUAAGGAGUAUGAGCUGAGAUUGCGACGGCUGGUCGAGGUCUACCGUGUCAAGGAGCUUCCUAAACACACCGAUGUCACCCAGACUCUGAGGAUGUCAAUCCCGUCACUGACUUUGACGGUGAUGCAACUGUCUGAGACGGUGAACAUGUUACUGAAACAUGUGGGUAUGGCGGUGCCGGAUGUAACGUCGUUGGACUUCCUGAUGAACGCGAUCCCGAACGCCCUUGGUCCUGAUGAGUGCUCGGAGUGGAAGGUCUUCAUCGAUGCGUCGAGGAAGGCGAGAAUGUCCAAGGAGAGCGACGGCAUCAACCAAGGAGGCAGCCAACACCAUAGGCAACAUCAGCAAGUAAAGAAGACGGUGGCCGCUCAGACGAAUGCAGGAGCAUCGUCAGGAAGCAAUACCGUCAGCGCCAACAACAACCAUAACAGCUACCCAAACGGCCAUCAAGGUCAGUAUCCCGGCAAUCGAGAGAACAUGGAGGUUAUCUGUGGAAAGAAUUUGCUUUGCGCACCAUACGAGGUUAUUGAUCAACCCCAUGCCAUUACUAUUGGUAUGGAUCUCUUUCAUCGGUAUGGCUUCAACAUCAUAGGUUUACCUGACCUAGUAGAGUCUCCUGAUCGAGUACAUAUGCCUGUUGAGGACGAGAAGCCGACUCUCAUACCUCUUAUGACACCCCCUGUGGAGACGACGCGGGAGUACAUCGAGGAAAAGAAGUCAUUUAUGGAGUGCGUCAAGGAGCUACUGGAGGAGAACGCAAGGAUCCCUUCCACCAGCUUUUGCCCAAUUCCGGAGAUGAAGGUGUUUUUACCUGAGGCCAUCCAUGUUCGGCUCCACCAACCAUAG